UGGCAGAAUUUCGAGACUAGCAUUUCAAUAGACAACAAAAAAUACAAAGAAAACUUUAAAAAUUGGUGAUCACUUUAAUUCAAUCCUAAGUUCUCCCUCUGAAUCCUCUCCUAGGGUUAAGGCGGUUAAGCUAACAGAAUAGUUAUUGAAAUGGCCGUUCUUAGAGUUACGGCAAGCAUGAUAACUAGAGAAAUCUUCCGUCCGGUAUUGCUGUUUCCACAAACGUUGAGGAGCUUAUCUCACUUACCGUCGCGGCCGGCUGGUUCCCAGUUCAGCGGGGUCCAUCUUCCAGUCGUCUCACGCGGCAUCAGUUAUUGCCCGGUCCGGUGCUCUGCGGCGUCUAAUGAAAAUGCCACCGGAGAGAAAAAGGCGCCGGCUAGGUUGGCUCUGGUUCAGGAGUUUUUGGUUGCUGCUAACGAGCGUGCUCAAUCCGCUGGAAAUGAACCUAUUCCCAAAAUCACUCUUGAUCAUGUUACAGUGAACUUUGCAAGAAGUGGUGGCCCUGGAGGUCAAAAUGUUAAUAAAGUAAAUACCAAGGUGGAUAUGCGGUUCAAUGUUAGAAAUGCACAUUGGCUCAGUGAAAGGGUCAAGGAGAGGAUCAUGCAAAUGGAAAAGAAUCGGAUCAACAAGGAUGGGGAACUUGUAAUUUCAUCAACGAGGACUCGUACUCAAAAGGGCAACAUUGAAGAUGCUUUGGCGAAAUUACAGGUAUUCAUGAGACUAAUAAAGAAUUUUCAGGCUAUUAUUGAUGAGGCAUCCUAUGUCCCACCACCUCCGUCAGAAGAGACAGUGAAGAAGAUUACUAAGUUGGCAGCUAUUGGGGAGCAAAAGCGUCUUGACAAGAAGAAAGCACAUUCACAGAAGAAGGCUUUUAGAAGAAGCCGAGACAGUUGGGACUGAGUUAUUAGCGCAUGAGCUGUGUGCUGCAAUUUUUGCAGUGAAUCGAUGAUUAAGCUGAAUGUAUAGAUGCAGAUGUUCAGCACCAUUUCUGUGUUUCCUGGGUUAUCAUCGUGAAAACAAAAUCUUCCAUGUGUCUAGAGUUUCUUGAUAUGACUAUUACACAAGACAGUGGAAGUGAUCUAAAUUCCCGCCAUCAACCAGUUAGGGAAGUAGGAUGCUGCAGGAAGAAGGAUUACACCUCGUUCAUUUUUACUAGUUGCAGUACGUACUGCAUCCAGAUAUAGAUAUUACAGAGCCCAAUUAAUUUCUGCUUGUACUAUUAUUUUGUUCGGGAGCCUUCAUAUGGAUGUAAAUUUGGCAGUCGGACAGAUUUUCUGUCUGUCCAAAAAAAGAAAAAUAUGCAUUUUACUUGGGACUAUCACCUAGCAAUUGUCUGCAGCAUUUGUGCUUCUGAAACUGUGAAAUGACCUAUAUUUUUGUUGAUU